AUCCCCUCUUUCUCGGAGCGAAUGCGAGCGUCUCGGCUAAUAACUGGAUCUCACUCAUCCCCGAGCUCCUCUUUUCCCUGCUCCUCCCCGCUCCCCCUCCGCCAUUACCCACAAUGCUUCCGCUGAUUCGGUUUCGCCGUCCAGAUUUCAGGCUACAAACAGUUUUUAUUUCAUUCUUCUCUCCAUCUUGCUCCUCAGAUUUAUAAGAUUCAUCAACUUUGGCAUUUAGGAUGCUAGCUUAAGGUGCUUGAUGAUCACAAGAUGUCAUCAAAUUCCACGCUCACAGAAUCACUUCAUGAGAAAACAAUCGUCUUUGGGCUUAAACUUUGGGUUGUGAUUGGGAUCGCUGUUGGAGCAUCCCUCCUGGGUAUUCUUCUUAUCCUUGUGAUAUGCCUAACCAUCCAAACCUGGAUCAGACGGUCACGAAAGGCAUUCAAGGAGCUUCCCAUGACCCAGAUACCUUCUGCAUUCAAGGACAUCACAGAAGUCAGGGUGGCUGACCAAUUUUCACCCAAUGAUUAUGUUGUACAUGAUGGGCUUCUACUCGCCAUUGAGAAUGGGCCUGUUGAAUCAACGGAUAAAGAUGCAGUUCAAUCGGUGCAGGAGGACAAUUCGAGGCAUAGAGAAGAGAACAAUCUUUCAGGUUCUUUAGUUCACACUGAUGGCUGUGAUGGAAUUCAAUCUGUUUCUGUCUGUGAACAGCCUUCCGUACAUGCUACUGCCGAUUCUGCGCCAUUGGACGGCCUACCUGAGUUUUCUUACCUUGGUUGGGGCCAUUGGUUCACUCUCAGAGAUCUAGAUGUUGCAACCGACCAUUUUGCAAAGGACAACGUAAUUGGUGAGGGUGGAUAUGGUGUUGUGUACCGUGGCAGAUUAUCAAAUGGCACCCCAGUCGCUGUCAAGAAAAUCCUUAACAAUUUAGGGCAGGCCGAGCGGGAAUUCAGAGUGGAAGUUGAGGCAAUUGGUAAUGUUCGCCACAAGAAUUUGGUCCGGCUUUUGGGAUAUUGUGUUGAGGGUACCCAGAGGAUGCUUGUAUACGAGUUUGUUAACAACGGGAAUCUUGAAAGUUGGCUCCACGGAGAAUUGUCCCAGUACAGCUCUCUCACUUGGUUAGCUCGCAUGAAAGUUCUUCUGGGGACUGCAAAGGCCCUUGCAUACUUACAUGAGGCACUUGAACCAAAGGUUGUGCAUCGUGACAUCAAGGCCAGCAAUAUCUUGAUCGACGAUGAGUUUAAUGCCAAAAUAUCUGACUUUGGUUUGGCCAAGAUGCUUGGUGCUGGUAAAAGUCAUAUUGCUACUCGAGUUAUGGGUACCUUUGGCUAUGUUGCGCCUGAGUAUGCUAACAGCGGGCUUUUGAAUGAGAAGAGUGAUGUCUACAGCUUUGGGGUUCUUUUAUUGGAAGUUAUUACAGGUAGAGAUCCAAUUGACUAUGAUCGCCCCCCAAGUGAGGUAAACCUAGUCGAUUGGCUUAAAUUGAUGGUCGCCAACAGACGGUCUGACGAAGUGGUGGAUCCACACCUUGAGAGAAGACCAUCGACAAAGGAACUCAAACGUGCCCUUUUGACAGCUCUGCGGUGUAUCGAUCUGAAUGCUGAGAAGAGACCAAGGAUGGAUCAGGUCGUCCGGAUGUUGGAUUCUAGCGAAACCAUACCUCAAGAGGAACGAAGACCACGACAGAACCGGAUCUCUGAGAAUACUGAAACCGUGCCAUUGAGGGGCAAGAACAGCAUCGAGAAGAGUGAUGCCCCUGAGCAUGAGGAGAGGCCCCCUCGGCCAAAGAGUCGUCCAUUUUCGUCCAAAUGAGGUAAAGAAAGAAGGAAACCCUAAACAUCUUCUGGAGAUAUAAAGAUAGAGAGAGAUACCAGCGCGCGGAAGAACAUGGUGGAGAAUUCUUCUGAAUACGUAACAGAUUGAUCGAUUUUUAUUUUUCACCCCUCGGAGCGGGGAUUUUUGCAUUUGUUGAUACAUGGAAUGGAAUGUACAGUGGUGUGUAUGACGGCUCAAGGAUGUACAGAACUAGCUUGUAAAACGGUCUGAAAGGCUCUCAGCUGGUGUGGUUGCUGGUAUGAGCUACAGACUUCUCUUAUCUCUACUACUAUCGUAUUGUACACACCAAGAGUAUAAAUCAAAGAAAAAGAAAAAAAAUGUUUCGUGGGUGGUUGUCACCUGUCA